CAAGCUGAAGAUCUCGGUCAGCGGGACGAAAGCUAUGCUUUUCCCUCUGUGAUGAGGGCGUUAAGUGAGGCUGUAAACGCUUGGCUUGGAGGGAAACCCGGGGAAGGCGCUGCUGGCAGCGCGGGGGGAGCUGGUGGUCCCCAUGCUGCCGCCACACGCGCCUCAGAGCUCGUCAGUGUGCACCUAGAACGCAAGGGACACUGACAGAACACCGGUGGGUUUCGAUGAACAUGAACAUAAUCCUGCAUAAAAGUCCUGCACAACAGAAAAAGUGAUGGCUGCGACCAUCUCCACGAAGCGUGUAACUCCUGGUACUGCUCUUCAGUUAUUUUUCCAACAAGCAGCUCUGCAAAAGAUCAGUUUCUGUAGUAAAUCAGACACGGAUAAUACUCUUGAAGCAUAUUUGAGACAUAUGGUUAAAAGCCCACGUUUUCAGAUCCUAGGAGUGGAACAAAAAUCUUAGUCAAAGUUCUAAAAAUAAAACCCUGCAUUUUAAAUUAGGUACCCUUCAUAAGUUGUGUGCUGUCUCAUGCUAGAAAUGUGAGAUAGAAUUUAAGGUGUAUUCUUACUCCUUUCACCAGUGAUGAAAGUCUUGUGAUAAAACUACUUUACUGUGUAAGAGGAAGGCUCCUAGAAAGGAGGCAGAGAAUUGGAAUAAAAGAAGUGAUAUAGAAAUAGAAGUGCAAAAGCACUCCAGGGGUGUUUGGGAGACAGGGCAUCUACAGACAGAGUAUUAACAUCUGCAUGAUACCUUAAUCUAAGGCCCCUCUGAAUCCAAACCAAACCCAUGGGUUCAGAUUAAUUUCUCAGAGAUUAUGGGAUGAGACAAUUCAAGUCAGAGUGCAUGUUCAGUUGAAUUUUGCAAGUUUCACUCCAUUUCAUACUUGCAACAACUGUGCACAGACCCUGGAAAAAACAUUGGCUUUCAUUUUGACUUUGGCAUGUUGUUGUUUGGCUCUUGCACACUAGUUAUUUGUUCACAUUUACCACAAAUAAUCACUAGAAACCUAACCUGCAACUAGACUGUUGAAGUAACUUCUGGAGCGGUUUGUUUCCUUCUCUUUCCUCCACCCCCUUAAGACUUUUUGUCUUGUGGGAUUUGUUCGCAAUCUGCUAGCUGAAGCUCUAAGGCAAGUUUGCCAAAUCUAGGGCUGCAUCAUCGUUCAGCACAUCUGGAAGUGGUUUAUGGGCUCUCAUUCCUUCAGUGCCGCGUCUGGACUCUCUGCUAUUCCUCAGCAGCAGAGAGAAAAGAAAACCAACACAACUCCAAAGUAAACUUUGAAGAGUUUGAAAAAGGAAUUGAAUCUUAAAACUGUUUCUGUGCCCUGUAAGGCCCUUGUACAGGGGACUUUAAAGGAGGACGAUGGGCAAGGAAGCUUUGGCAAGAGUGCUUACAUCUGUGGGCUAUCUAGGAUCCAAGUAAAAAGCUCUUCAGGAGAAAGGAGUCCCGAAUACUGUGCUGCUUUAAAGAGACCACAGUUCAUAUCCAACAGAACAUAUGGCUCUUUUAAAGAAAAUUAACCAGAUCUUACUGUUACUUCUUGUCUUAACUGUAUGUGCAAUUCUGUACAACAAAGUUCACAAAGUGCCAUCUGCAUUAAAGAAUGAAGCAGUUGACUUGGAAAGUCCUGAGGAAAUGGAAGAAGAAAUCCCAGUUGUAAUCUGUGCUGCUGCAGGCAGAAUGGGUGCAGCUAUAGCAGCAAUCAGUAGCAUCUACAGCAACACGGAGGCUAAUGUUUUGUUCUACAUAGUUGGGCUGAAGAACACCAUCCCUCAUAUUCGAAAAUGGAUUGAAAAUUCUAAACUGAAAGAAAUAAAAUUUAAGGUUGUGGAAUUCAACCCCAUGGUACUAAAGGGAAAAAUCAGGCAGGAUGCAUCACGUCCUGAGCUACUGCAGCCUCUGAACUUCGUUCGAUUUUAUCUUCCUUUGCUUAUCCAGAAACAUGAGAAAGUCAUAUAUUUGGAUGAUGAUAUCAUUGUUCAAGGUGACAUCCAGGAACUCUAUGAGACUAAGUUAGCUCCUGGACAUGCUGCAGCUUUUUCAGAUGAUUGUGACCUACCUUCUACACAUGAAAUGGUUAGAAGUGUAGGCAUGCAGAACACAUACAUGGGAUUCCUGGACUACAGAAAGCAAGCAAUUAGAGAUCUUGGCAUCAGCCCCAGCACCUGCUCCUUUAAUCCUGGCGUAAUUGUUGCUAACAUGACUGAAUGGAAGCAUCAACGGCUUACAAAGCAGUUGGAAAAGUGGAUGCAAAGAAAUGUAGAGGAAAACCUCUACAGCAGCACCCUCGGGGGAGGUGUGGCGACCUCUCCGAUGCUGAUUGUAUUUCACGGAAAGUAUUCUGCUAUUAAUCCUAUGUGGCACAUACGGCAUCUUGGCUGGAGUCCUGAUACCCGCUAUUCGGAACAUUUCCUUCAAGAAGCGAAAUUACUUCAUUGGAAUGGGAGAUACAAACCUUGGGACUAUCCCAGUGUUCACACUGAUCUCUGGGAAAACUGGUUUAUUCCUGACCCUUCAGGGAAGUUCAAAUUAACUCGUCCUGACAGCUGAUACUGAAAACACUUAAGUACAUUUAUACUUCGUUUUGCAGCAUGCAAUAGUUUGAGAAGCAACAUGUCAAAUUGUGUAACUAACUGAAUUUAGAAAACUAAGUAUUUCUUAAAUAUUGUCAUAAAAUGACCGUGAGUUUUGAGGGCUUAUGGGUGGAGAGGGAGGUGGGAGAGUUAGUUAUAGUUCAGAUUAUCCUGACUUUCAAGUCAGGUGAGGAAACAAGUUUACUUGACAAUGAAAUACUUUCAUUAAAUAUUUACAGAGGUGAAAUCAGACAAUGUGUUUUAAUGCAAUAUCUUUAUAAAUAAGACUCUACUAGCUGCUGGCAGAAAACCGACACAGGAAAUACUUGCAAUAUUACAUAUAAGGUGGCUUUAGUCUACUAGCCCCAAUUAAAUAGCCCCCCCGAAAAAUUUAUGCAGCCUUUAAUAUGUAGAGUUCAGUUGUGUGGUGACUGUUCUGCAGUGUUUCUCUGCAGAAUGCCGUACUUGUGCAGUCAGACCGUAUUACAUACACCAGAGUGUAUUUAGACCACUGCUAGCAAGAUGCAAAAGCACAUUCAAAGACACUGCAAUACAAUUCCUGAUUUUAUUGUGAAACAGAGAUUUAAGACAGGUUAAGAACCUCCAUAUUACUGUAAUGAAAAGAGCACCAGUUCUGAGGAAAUACACAGAAAUUGCACUAUUUAGUGAAACGGUCAUUAUAUACUUAAUUGUAUUUUACACCUAGAUAAUCGAGUAGGUGCCUCUGUUCAAGAAGAGACCUUUCCCUUCAAAUCAAACAGGAUAGCAGUACAGUAGUUAGGUACUACUGUAUCCCCUAAUCAGCAGUGCUAGUUACAUGCUUCUGAUGUUGCUGAAAAAUAAAAUUGAAUUGUAACAAAUCCCUGAUACAAGAUACUUUGAGCACCUGCAGGAAAAUGUCCAUGUAAACAGCAAUACAUGAUACAGUACACAUUAAAUAACAGACAAGACAAAUCCUAUACCUUUUUGACAAUAUAUUGAACAGCUUUAUGCUGGAGCUAAUCAACAUCAUCAUAAUGCACACUUCUGGAUUUCAGACGGUCAGAAUUAAGCCACAUAAUUUGGGAAGAAAACUGUAAACAUCAUGCCUGCCUCACAGCAGGUUGACAGUGUGUGAUCUCCAUGAGAGACGUUACAGCAGGAUUACUAUCUAUGCCAACUAGUUACACUCAAUGCGGGGCAACUGUCAGUGGCUGUGAGGAAAGGAUAAGAAUGGUACAGGAAUCUCUGACCAGCACGGACUGUGGAGAUACUGUUCGUAUCUGUUUUCAAGUAUGUGAAGCACCUUCUCUCAUAAGAUCAUCAAAACUUGAAUGUUUUGAUCAGCUUAUUGCUUUUACUUCAUCUCUUCCUCACAUCAUAAAAGAGGGAAAGAAGAUGAUAGUUAGGCACAAGCAUGGAUUCUCAUUUCUCAGGCCACCAGUAUCGGCCAAAAGUGUGUAUUAUUUCAGCAAGUUCCAAAGAAGAGAGCUCUACCAACAGCUGACUUCUUGUUCAUGGAACAGCUGCCCUUGUCUUCACCUUAGUAUUUUUCACUUGUAAGAGUAGUAAGAAUACCCUCUAAGGUCUUACAGAGUGAAGAUAAAUUAAUGUUAAAAACAGCUUAAUCACUUCUUCUUUCACCCUGUGCUAAUUGUACCUGAUAGAAAUAACAUAACUGUAGAUAUUUUUGCAGGGAAUAUGGUCUUUCACUUCCCUGCAAUGUAACCUGUUUUCUUACUAGAGGUCAGGUGAAGAGACUAAUCACACAAGUGACUGAGAAUUUAAAUGCCACAGAUUCAAGAACCACUGUUUUUUUAAGGAAUUCUAGUUUCUUACAUUAGAAUUUAAGGGGAAAAUAGAUGGAAUGAUAGGAACAACUUACCCUAAGAUAGCUCAGCUAGAAUAUUUCAGGUCCUGUCCUGCAUGACACAAAUUUUCCUCCCCAGCAUUUUGACUUGAGAUGUCUCUGCUCCCUUAACCCUGAAUAUGGUCCAAUCACUAGACAGACAGACCUCUAUUCCUGCCCUAGAAAAUACUCAGUACUCACAGCUGCAGAACUUAACCUUCUGCACUUUUUAAGAAAGUAAAAGGAAGUUUUAAAAAGCACAAUUUGUUUAACUGUGCAUAAUUAAAAACACCACUUCAUGUAAGGUAAGGGGGUACACCUCCCAUUUUCCCCUCUAGAUAUAUAAAAGGACUAUGAGAUAUCCAAACACUGAGGCAUCAAUAGAAGUAUACUGAUGUGCUUACUACUACAUUACAAUUCAUGGAAUAAAAUUAACGCCCCAAAGAAAUUGACACAAUGAGAAAGCAAUUUGUCAAAAACUGCAAGAAAUGGCAUACAUUAAAUAUAAAACUCAUAUACAAAAAAGGCUAACUUUUUUUU